AUGGAUUUGAAACAGAAAGUGAUUAGCCUCAAAGCCCGACUAUGUUGUCGUUCCCCACCUGUGGACAAGGUGGAUGAACCAAACAAGAGAGACGCACGGCAGAGUACACCAUCCCCCGACACGGCGACAGUCAGUGAGAGUUGCGAGACUUCCACACCAUCCUACCCUGUGUUCUACAAUGCGGCGGUUAUUGAUGUUGCUGGUCUGACUAGUACUCCGAAACAUCAUCUCGAAUUCGCAAAUCACCGACCGACUGAUUGUCGCAUGGCGUCAAAUUCUCCAAACCCAAUAACCCCCCAUCAUCUCCACCCUCGUACGCCGCCUCCUACCAUUCGUCCCUAUAGAUCAAAACGACAUCCACCAUGUGACGAAUGCCGCCGGAGAAAGCUACGCUGUGAAGCUGAUCACAACGGCAAUUGUCAGCGCUGUACAGCUGCGGGUCACUCUUGUUCCUUUGCUCGUGUUCGUCCUCGCCCUCGCCCUCGCCCUCGACCUCGUUCUCGUCAGGGCACCGUGCCGCCGAAGCCGCUUUCACCAGAAACCCGACCGGUGGCAACCGGCGAUUUGCAACCGACCGAGGAACUUGUGGUGGACCAAGAUCCCCCAGUUCCACAUCAAGCGGUUGAGAUUCCUUUCUUCGAGCUAGACUCGGUACGAUUCUCAGCAGAUCCAGGCGGUACUCGCCCGCACACUCCCUCUGCCUUCAAGGAAAGACACACGCAUCAAACCAUCCAGACACUCGAUGGUUUGGGGGGUGUAUCCUACCAGGUCAAUGGCACGUCAGCCGAAUCUGAUCCGUGGCUCCUCAGACACUGCAAGUUCAACGACAGAGGCUUCCUCUCCUUCCACCAAGUGCACUUCCGAAACGCAGGGGGCGUUCCGUUUGACGAGAAGAUUCCCUGCCAUUUUCUGGUCUCAUCGGAUCAGCUCUAUGUGCCCUCCAAGGCUCAGCUGCUGCCGCCAGAACCCCUCACUACACAUGAGCAAUUAAAUCAUCUUGUGCCCCCUGAAUGUGGCCAGAGAUUGAUAGUGCUCUUCAUGAGGUUUAUUUUUCCGACGCUGCCGAUCAUUUCGCGGUCGCAUUUUGGGCUUGCAGCGGCAGGCACAGUGCCCGAUCAGACUAUCCUUCAAAAGACGUCCCUGUGUCUUUUGGCUGCAAUCUACGCGUCAGCACAGCCUUUCGCCAAAUUUGAUGACUACCUUUGCUUGCUUGAUGCGUACGCUCCUCCCCCAACUGAUCUAGUCUGGCGCAUGGUUCUUGACCUUGUGCUGCGGGACAUCCAUACUGCCCGUCUAUCGACCCUCCAGGCAGGAAUUCUCUACCUUCACCGACCAGUCAGCGUUACUGAAAGUGCUGUGGCGGAUAGUGCCUUUACCUGGUCCUUGGUGGGCAUGCUUGUCGGUGUGGCCAUGUCACUUGGGCUUCAGUUGGAUUGCCGGCUAAUGGGACUUCCGUUAUGGGAAAAGAGGAUUCGCCGUCGGCUCUGGUGGGCCAUCUACGCCGAAGACAAAUGGCGUUGCUUGCUUAUCGGGCGUCCAUCCUAUAUAGGAAGUGACGACUGGGAUGCCGCAGAUCUCAACGAUGAUGAUUUCGUCAUGUCCGAAAGUCUGCGCCUGGCCCUACAGCAACCCCCGUCUCCCAACUACGAAUGUAAUGUUAAUUUACGCGAUACUGACCACCCCUGGCCCCAUAGCACGCUAAAGGCGUCGCAGCGUUUAUCGCCAGAUUUUCAUGCAACGCUGGAAAUCGCGCGUCCUCUUCUGCAGAAGCUCAAGGAGUGGUACGCGCACUCCCCAGUAUCGGUACGUCAGCCCGAUCAUUUGCCUACCACUAUGGACAGCAUAUACUGCCAGUCCAACUGCCUCCGUUUCGCCUGCAUCCUUCUAGAGGUCUUUGUAUUCCGCGCUCUCCUGCGGCCAAUGGUUCGCUCUGCUGCUCCGCCUCCGUUGCUCGAGGAGAGCUUCGAGACAACGGAAUUCACGAACCAAUUCAACGAUCUACUGGCUCAGUUGUUUGACGCCGACGAGAUUGAGCCGUCCAUGGCCAUUGACAUGUCCGAUGAAAAUGGCAUGGGAAAUGCAGUGCUGAGAGCAGCCGACAACUGUGCGGCGAAAGUGAUCCGUCUGGUGAUGCGUAUGACUACCAGUGAUUUGUCGAGUUUCUGGUACAGAUGGUCCCGUGUCGGAUUUGCAACCGUCUCCAGUUUCCUACUGCUACUGCUUGUACAAGCGCCCACUAAAGACCACGCUCUGCGUGCUAAAAGCCUUGUGGACCUUUGGCGUCAAACCUUGCGGAAUCAGAGCACAGGGUGUCCGGCCAUGAAUCUCGGUUUAGUCAGAUUAGAUGGCUCUCUUUGGCCUGGACUGGCGAGAAAUUACUAUCUGCCAAAGCAUGUGAAAGAGGUCCUUGAAGAAUAG